GUUUAGCAGGUGCCCGUCUCGCGCACAGGGAUCACGGAUAUGUCAGGGUUGGUGUGUAGAAACUGGUCAUUGUGAAUGCACCAUCACUGAAUAUGAGUUUCCUGCUGCCUAAGCUGAGCACUAAAAGCGAGGUGGAUCAAGCAAUAAAAGCAACAGCUGAAAAGGUCUUAGCCCUUCGAUUUGGAAGAGAUGAUGAUCCAGUUUGUCUGCAGCUCGAUGAAAUUCUUGCCAAAACAGCGCACGACUUGAGUAAAAUGGCAACUAUUUAUCUUGUGGACGUGGAUCAUGUACCAGUCUAUACCCGAUAUUUUGACAUCAGCUACAUUCCUUCUACAAUAUUCUUUUUCAAUGGACAACACAUGAAAGUGGAUUAUGGGUCGUCAGAUCAUACAAAGUUUGUUGGAAGUUUUAAAACUAAGCAGGAUUUCAUUGAUCUAAUUGAAGUGAUCUUCCGGGGAGCAAUGCGUGGAAAACUCAUUGUACAAAGUCCUAUUGACCGAAAGAACAUUCCCAAAUACGAUCUUCUGUACCAGGGAGUGUAGGAAACAAGGGGUGAUAUGCCACAAAACAAAAUAGCAGAGUGUGUGAAAAUCAGACAGUGUCAUCUGCUUCAGGUUUCAUGAACACAGCAACCGAGCACUGUUUAAAACUAUGAAAUGGCAGAAAGAAAAGUAUUUGUUCACGCAAAAAGUUAAUGGAAAAGUGUUGGUUUAAGCUAUCUUCUUAUAAUUCAGUGUACAACUUUUUCAAUUGUUUUUCUUUGUAAAUAAAUUAUGUAUUAAUAAAAACUUGGUUUUCUAUUACAAAA